CACUCUCUCUCCUUUGAAAGAACAGUCUCGCAUGCUCGCCCGUUGAAACCCACGUAAGCAAUUCAAUGUAAAAACACAACCAAAACUAAAAAUCAAUAAACAAAAAGCAACCUCUCUCUCUUCAAAAAGCAAAAGAAAAGCCUACGUUAUUCUCUGCUUCCCAAUGCUUGCAAACACAACCAUAAAACGAAGCGAAAAUUAGGCAGAGCUCUCUAAUUUCACUCAUUACCGCUCACGCUCUCUCCCUCUCUAUCCCUCUCCCUCUCCCUCUCCCUCUCAAGUCUAAACCCCUUUAUAAAACCCUAAAAUAACCCAAACCCAUUUCUCAGAUCACAGCCAUGGAAGCUCUCAACUUCCUGAAGUUCUGGAGAACCACCAACACCUACCCCUUCAUCAUCAACGGAGCUCCUCAUCCUCUAAAGGAAAAAGAGGAUGAACUUGCAGAAGAAGAAGAAGACUCUUUCUUCGACUUGGAGCUCACUGUUUUCGAUUUUGACGGUAAGAAAGUCAAAAGCAACGACGACCCAGAAACCAACAAUGUCAAAGAAAACAAAACCAGGCUUGAUUCCAAGGAACACCACCACAACAACUCGGCCAAAAAAGCAGGCCUCGGUUUCUCGGAGCCAACCCUUUCUCUGUCUCCUAAUGAUCCUAUUUCCAGAAGAAAAAUCCUCCCAAUUGAGCCCACCUCUAAGCCUCAGUCCCCGAUCGCUCUGCUGAAAUCAGCUCCAAGAUUUCAAGUCCUCAUGUUUAAGAAGCCAAAGUCAAAGACGGUGGCAACUCCAAAAACAGAGUCCAAAACCGCUUCCAUGGAUAUCCAGGAGCAGAAAAGAGAAGAAAGCAAGGCCUUCUUCACGGUGAAACUCAAGGUUGAAGAAGCUCCGAGAAACUCACUAUUCACCAGAGGAAACAGUUUGAGAAAAACAGAAAGCAAAAUACAAGACCACCAGCCCUCAGAGGACUCAAAAGCAGAGCGAUUCUCAAAGGAAGUGAUACAAAAAUACUUGAACCUAAUCAAACCUCUAUACGUCAAGGUCUCAAAAAGGUACAGCGAAAAGAUAAAGUUCUCCGAAGAGUUAUCGGUGGCUUCACCUACGUCGUCUCCGGCCACAGUGGCGUUGCCUAAGAAGAAGAAGCACUUGAGGAAAAGCAAAUCCGCGUCGGCUGCGAUCGGAGCUGCACAGCCGGUGAAUAGGAGAGACGAUUCGCUGUUGCAACAGGAUGAUGGGAUUCAAAGCGCCAUUCUUCAUUGCAAGAAAUCCUUCAACUCUUCUAGAGGUUCUACUUCAUUAACGAUUUCUAUUAGCGAUUCGUUGCAUGAGAAAUCAAGAAAUUCAUUCUCUACAGAUUCUUCUUUGCUGUCGCGAUUUGCAAGCGAACCUUCUGAAGAGAAAUCGGUAACAACAUGCAUCGAGGAGUAAGGCAAUGCAGUUGGCAUUUGAGAGAAAACACGUGAGAUGGUUUUUUUUUCUGUGAAAUGGAAACAGGAGGAAACUGAACAGGGGACUCUGUUCUUGUGUUUUGUUGUAAAGAAGAAAGAGGAAGAAUCGGAGAGAGGAAGAUAGCGUAGGAAUUUGUUUUGUUCUAGUUUUUUCAAUGUUUAGGAUGAUGACCAGCGGGUGUCGUACACUCACUUGGUGUUGUCUGUAAAGUGAUGGGGUCAUUAUGAAGAGAUUGAAAGAAUUCCUUA